GGAAGUGAGAAGAAUUUACGAGUUUCAUUUUUCAACGGUAACGAUCAUCUUCCGCCGACGAAGCUUUGGCAGAGUUCCAAUUCCGAAAUAAUCUUCCCGCCAUUUUUUAUUACUUUCCCAGCACUGCAUUUCUCUCUUCGACUUUUCAGUUAGUUAAUGCUCCCACUGCAUCUACGACCAUGCUUCUCUCUUCCCUUCUUUCGCCCCAUCACAGUUAUUAGGGUUUCCUCUCUCUUCUCUCUUUCUCUCUGUUUCACCCCUCACCGCGCCAUGUCCAAACCACCCUCUGCUUUCGACGCUCUCAUGUCCGGCGCACGCGCCGCCGCCAAGAAAAAAUCCCCACAACAACCACAACCACCUUCCUCAUCCCCUAAGAAAAGAAAAUCUCCACACUCCACUUCUACUCAAAACCCUAACAGCCUCAAAACCCCCCUUUCUUCUUCCCCCAUUGAAACCGUUCAACAACCUAACAAACAGCAUGAAACCGCCGAGCCGGAACACAAGAUUCGCCACGUGUCAUCUUCUCAGGAGAUUGUCGCGGAGCUGAAGAAACGAGUUCCGCAGCUGAAGAAGAAGCCUUCGGAGUUCGAUCCAGCUUCGGUGGCUUGCUGGGAGAAGGAGAAACCUGUGCCGUUUCUCUUCCUCUGCUUGGCCUUUGACAUGAUUGCUGAGGAAACAGGAAGGAUUGUUAUCACUGACAUUGUUUGCAAUCUGUUGAGGACCGUCAUACAUGCCACGCCGGAGGACCUCGUUCCCGUCGUUUACCUAUCCGCCAAUCGCAUUGCUCCGGCGCAUGAAGGGCUGGAAUUGGGAAUUGGCGAUGCCUCUAUUAUCAAGGCGCUCGCCGAGGCGUGUGGAAGGACUGAGUCGCAGAUUAAGAAUCAGUAUAAGGAAAAGGGUGAUUUAGGGUUAGUGGCCAAAGCGAGCCGUUCCUCUCAGUCUAUGAUGCGUAAGCCUGAUGCAUUGACUAUUAGGAAGGUUUUCAACACUUUCCGCCUUAUUGCCAAGGAAUCUGGAAAAGAUAGUCAAGAGAAGAAAAAGAAUCAUAUCAAGGCACUUCUUGUGGCUGCAACUGACUGUGAACCUCAGUAUCUAAUCCGUUUGCUACAGACAAAGUUGCGAAUUGGGUAUGCUGAGCAAACUCUCUUAGCUGCAUUAGGCCAAGCUGCAGUAUACACUGAAGAACACUCUAAACCACCUCCUGGAAUUCAGUCUCCCUUAGAAGAGGCUUCAAAAAUUGUCAAACAAGUGUAUUCUGUUCUUCCUGACUAUGACAAAAUAGUAUCUGCACUGCUUACGGAUGGUCUAUGGAUGCUUCCAAAGACAUGUAAUUUUACUCCUGGUGUUCCAGUUGGACCUAUGCUGUCAAAAGCAACAAAAGGGGUAUCUGAAGUUCUAAAUAAAUUCCAGGAUGUGGAGUUUACCUGUGAAUACAAAUAUGAUGGAGAGCGUGCCCAGAUACAUUACAUGGAGAAUGGCUCAGUUGAGAUUUACAGCAGAAAUGCAGAACGAAACACAGGGAAGUUUCCUGAUGUUGUUGCUGCAAUUUCAAGGUUAAAGAAAACAACUGUAUCAUCAUUUGUUCUUGAUUGUGAACUUGUUGCGUAUGAUCGGGCAAAACAGAAGAUCCUUCCUUUCCAGGUGCUUAGCACUCGGGCUCGGAAAAAUGUAUCUAUGAGUGAUAUAAAGGUUGAUGUUUGCGUAUUUGCUUUUGAUUUGUUGUAUCUUAAUGGCCAAGCACUUCUUCAGGAAAACCUGAAAGUCCGUAGAGAGCAUCUCUAUGCCUCUUUUGCGGAAGAAUCUGGAUUUCUUCAGUUUGCAACAUCAAUAACAUCAAAUGAUGUCGAGGAAGUACAAAAAUUUCUUGACAAAGCUGUUGAUGCAAGUUGUGAGGGAUUAAUUAUUAAGACAUUAAAUGAAGAUGCUACAUAUGAACCUUCCAAGAGGUCACUCAACUGGCUAAAACUGAAGAAAGAUUAUAUGGAAAAUAUAGGGGACUCACUAGAUUUGGUACCUAUUGCUGCUUUCCAUGGUCGUGGGAAACGUACAGGGGUCUAUGGUGCCUUCCUCCUUGCUUGCUAUGACAGCAAUAAUGAAGAAUUUCAAAGUAUUUGUAAGAUAGGAACGGGAUUCUCUGAAGAAAUGCUCGAAGAACGUUCUACUAGUCUUCAAUCUAAAGUGAUUCCCAAGCCAAAGGCAUACUAUCGAUAUGCAGAAACAAUCAAUCCUGAUGUCUGGUUUGAAGCCAGUGAGGUGUGGGAGGUGAAAGCUGCAGACCUGACCAUUAGCCCUGUUCACCGUGCUGCAGUGGGCAUAGUAGAUACGGACAAGGGCAUAUCUCUUCGGUUUCCACGUCUACUUCGAGUUCGGCUGGACAAAGCUCCUGAAGAGGCCUCAUCAUCUGAGCUGGUUGCUGAAAUGUACAAUGCUCAAAAACACAAUCACACAAACAACCAAGAUGACAAUGAAGAUGAUUGAGGGAAAAAUUGUCUCACGCUGAACUAUAUAUCUCAGUACUUUUACUGAUGAUUCCAUGAGAGUAGACGUGCAGAUGCAAAUUCUUUGCCAUACAUAGGUCAGAUGGCAUAACUGCUUAUUCAACAUGAUUGGAAAUUCAGGGUAAAACGUGAAAUGAGCUUAUGGAGGGUCCAAACAAAAGAAAUUUGCGCUGAAAGCAUGUUAGCUGGAUCAUUUUUCAGGGGGUGGGGGGUACCUCGUUAUUUAGUGCUUGUGUAGAAUUGAUUGUUCUUUUAACAUGAUACUGCAAUUGUAAGGCUGCCAGCGUUGACGAAGAACGCUGUUUAAUAUUUUGCACAUGCUAAUGGCAUCUCAAAUUUUGAGUCCUCUUGUCAAAUGAUUUACCGGUGCACGUGUCUUGUAGAGCUUUAUCUUUCGGUUUUCAAUAGUAAAAUGUUGUAUUAGACUUU